AUGGCAGCUAACAAUGCAGAUCAGGUCGUCUUUGAUAAGGUUGCUGAAAUCAACGCAUCUAAAGAGUCUUGGAACAUACGUGUUAAAGUCGUCAUGCUUUGGAAGCCGACCUAUAUAAACAAUCCUAAUAUGGUCGCAAGCCUGGACAUGAUUUUAAUUGACCAGGAGGGAAGUAGAAUUCAAGCAACAAUAAAAAAAAAUCUUAUUCCUGUAUUUGAAUCCCUAUUCGAUGAAGGAGCUGUCCGGGAGAUCAGUAACUUCGCUAUGGCUAGCAAUGAAAGCGAAUACAUGCUUGUUCCUCAUAAACAUAAAAUCAAUUUCUACAAAACCACAAAAGUUCGUGUAUCCACUGAUUUUGUUGAUACAGUAGAUCCUUAUCAUUUUAUCUCUUUCCCAGAUUUGCUAGCCAGGAACUUUGACACUCGUGUUGCAUUUGAUUUUCUAGGUGAAGUUGUGUCAACUGAUCCCAUGCGAGUCAUUGUUGAGUAUGGAAGAGAGAAAAGGUUAAUGAAUCUGGUUGCUCAGGAUUUAAGUGGUACGAGAAUUGCAGUCGCUUUGUGGGGCGGUUUUGCAAUGAAGCUGAAUACUUACAUUUCACAACAUAAUAAUGAGACUGCUCCUGUUAUUAUCCUGCUACGUUUGGCCAAAAUCAAAAUUUGGGGUGGUAAGUAUUUUUUACAACAAAUUAUCAUUUCAACUUCAAAAUUGCAUAUAAAUGAUGAUAUGCCUCAGAUUUUGGAGUUCAAAUCAAAUCUUAAUGCUUUGGAUACGAAUGUUGAGUCUUCUAGCCGUACAUCCCAGCUCAACUCAGAUACUGAAGUUGGUUUAACCAUUAUCGCUACUAUCAUUGGUUUUGAUAUGGAUGAUGGUUGGUAUUCAUUUUAUUGUUGUGAUUGUUCUAAAAAAGUUACUAAAAAUGAUGAUGAUGUUGAUGCUGGCCCUUUUCACUGUGUUGGUUGUAGAUUUGUCUCAGAUGUAUUUGGAAAGAUUAGGAUAGUAGUUCGUGUGCAAGAUGAAAGUGGGUCUUCUUCGUUUGUAUUGUUUGAGCGUCAUGUAAAAGAUCUUAUUCAUCGUGGAAACCAAUGGUUGAUGGAAAAAAUAGCUAAGGAUCAAGGGCGACAACAGAUACCUGAUGAGUUCAAAAUUCUUCUAAAUAAGAAGUUUGUCUUCAAAGUUCCGAUAUCCAUGUUAAAUCUGCAGAACAACUAUCGUGUUUACACUGUGCAUAAGUUAACUGAUGAUGAAAGGGUUCUUGCUGAGGUGACAAAACGGUCACCAAAUCAUCAACAUCAUAAUAUAAAUGAUAAUGGUAUUCCUAUUAACAAGCCAAAUAAGGUUGAAAAUACUAAUUCUGUGCAUGAUGACAAUCUUGAUGUUGUUGACCUUGAAGCUGUAACACCAUCAUCGAGUACGGGGAAGCGCCCUAUUGAGAUUGAUGCCAACACUGACUCUUUGGAGUGGUCUUCUUCAAAAACUCGUGCUGUACAGGAUACCUUGAAGAUCCCAAAGUUGGAAAAGUUGGACUAAUAUGAAGCCGCCCAUCAAAAUUUUACAUAUCAUCUUCGAUAUGUUUAUAGACAUUUUCUUUUUAAUCUUUUGUGUGUCGCAUUUUCAAUUGUCUGUUUUUUGAUCUUUUGGUUGCUUUUAAAAUUUUAUUGAGUUUUUAUUUGGUGUGUACACAAUGAUAGAAUUGGAGGUUAUGACAAUUUCAAGUUAUUGAACUCUUUUGAUUUAAUGC